UUUAAGGGCUUCAUUCUGGCUUUGAUGUCAAGUGGGUUCAUUAGGGCAAGCUUCAUCAUCAAGAAGAAAGGCCUUGGAAGAGCCGCUGUUGUUGACCAAUUGUUUGUAGAUUAUGGUGGUCACGCUUUCCUCUUGGAGCCUCUCUGGUGGCUAGGCUUGAUUACGGUUAUUGUUGGAGAGAUACCAAACUUUACUGCCUAUGCAUUUUCUCCUGUAGUUCUUGUUACCCCUCUCAGGGCAUUAAGUAUAAUUUUCAGUGCAGUAUUAGCUCACUUCACCUUGAAGGAGAUGUUGCCGAAGCUCGGGGUUUUGGGCUGCGUGAUGUGCAUUGCCGGUUCGGUCAAAAUUGUUAUCCAUGUACCUUUGGAGCAUCUAAUCACUUCUGUUAGAAAAGUAUGGGACCAGCCUUCCUGGCUUUAUGUGGGAUCAAUAAUCGUUUUGGUUUUCAUUCUGGUCUUACAUUUCGCACCACAAUGUGGACACACAAUUGUCCUAGUCUUCACUGGAAUGUUUUCGUUGAUGGACUCUAAAGCGCAUUUGCUUCAAAUCCUCUGCCAUCUUGUAGAAGAUUUUGCAUCUACAUGGCUAUAA